CGCGCCGCCCGUUCCUCUUUCCCGUUGCGAGCGGCUGGCGCGCAGGGAGGCGGCCCCCAGUCUGGCCGGGCGCCUCCCACUCUCCGAGCCGCCGGGGAGCCGGAGGAUGGCGGCGGUGGCAGCGGCCGCCCGGGAGGAGGCGGUGCGGAGGCCGCGGAGCACGGCAGCAAGCGGCAGCGGCCCGUCGCGGCGGCCCGGCAGCGACCGCGUCCGCACGGCUACCUGAGCACUAACCGCGAGCUGCGUCCCGCCUCUCUCGCUCGCUCGCUUGCUCGCUCGCGGCCCGGGGCGGCGCGGACAUGGGCGCCAAGCAGAGCGGCCCCGCCGCCAACGGCCGCACCCGCGCCUACUCGGGCUCGGACCUGCCCUCCGGGACCAGCGGCGGCGGCGGGGCGGACGGCGCUCGGGCGGCCCGGUUCGCGGCCUCGGUGCCAGGCGCGCAGCAGCCCGGCUCCUCGGCCGGCGCGGCGGCGGCUGCUGCGGCGGCGGCGGCCUCGGCCCCGGCAGCGCCCCGUAGCCGCUCGCUCGGCGGGGCGGUGGGCAGCGCGGCGGGCGGCCGCGCGGCGCAGUCGGCCUUCAGCAUCCCCAGCAGUGGCGGCAGCGGCAGUGGGCCGUACGGCUCACAGGACUCAGUGCACAGCAGCCCGGAGGACGGCGGCGGCUCUAGGGACCGGGACCGGCCGGCGGGCGGGGGCCCUGGCGGGCCGCGUCUGGUGAUCGGCUCGCUCCCGGCCCACCUCUCCCCGCACUUGUUUGGAGGAUUUAAGUGCCCGGUAUGCUCAAAAUUUGUACCCUCAGAUGAAAUGGAUUUGCAUCUUGUGAUGUGUUUAACAAAGCCAAGAAUAACAUAUAAUGAGGAUGUGCUGAGUAAAGAUGCGGGGGAAUGUGCAAUAUGCCUUGAAGAAUUGCAGCAGGGAGACACCAUAGCACGACUGCCUUGCCUGUGUAUAUAUCAUAAAGGCUGCAUAGAUGAGUGGUUUGAAGUGAAUAGAUCUUGUCCAGAGCACCCUUCAGAUUAAGCACACCAGAUUCCUGUGUUAUGGGUUUUCUUGUCUUUUCAAGAUGCUUGAGAAAUCUAGAAGAUUUGAAGAUCUGUCUCUGGAAGAAAAUGCGAACUGCAGGCUUAUUCCGCCAGGAUCUGAGUUCUGGGACACUUGGGUCCAGAGAAGGACAGGAACCACAGAACUCAGCGUACCAAACUUGCAUAUAAGGGACACACAGGGAUUCUGAAAAUGCCGCACAUCCUGUACCAGUCACUGCAUAGAUGACACUGAGAAACAUUUUGUAUUCAGACGCCAAAGUUAACUCAUUUCAAAGUUGAUUUACUUUUUAUUAAGUUCUGUAGAGCUGCUGUUUUAGUGUAUUUGGUUUUGGUUUGUUUGUUGUUUUGGGUUUUUUUUUGUUUUUGUUUUUGUUUUUGUUUUUAGUUUGGGGACUUUUAUUUUCCCAAACAUAAUGUUUUUUCAUUCACCUAUUCUUAACUUGAAAACCACACAAUUUCUUUCUUACAAACUCUUCAAUGUGAAACCAAGAAAUGUAAUCAAAGCAGUAUAAUAUUCUGUGAAUGGAGAGUAUAAUUGAAGUUCUUCCACCCCUCCCCCUUAUCACCCACCCCUAUGUAUGAAAAGUAGGUUUCUGGGCUGGAGAGCUAGAAUGCGUUAGUAGUGUGAAUUAAAGGGUAAUAUAAAAUGCCAUCGGAAGAGGAAAUCAAGUUACAUAAUUACAUUCAGUUAAUUACAUGUAGAACUGUCUACUGAACCGCAGUUUCUGAAAUACAUUGUUUCUUCUAAAAUGAAACUGUGCAAUAGCUUGUUAGCAGUGACCAUCUUGCAGCUAUGCAACUUUGAAAAGUCCAGAUUUGAUGGUCCCCACUCUGGGGCCACAGUGACUCUGUCCUAACAGGUGUCUUUUGUUCCUUUUCUGUAAUUACUUCAUCGUGCUUUGCGUUUCCAGGCAGUUUCCCUAUGUUUGGGUAAAAUGUUUAGCAAGUUGUAAACAUAAUACCUUAUGAAAAGGGUGAAAUAAACACUUCUGCAGUGGGACUUGGAGUAAUCUGAGGGACAUUUUAUACACUUUUAAAAAUCAGAAUUUAAUUGGGAUGCCAGAUUUCUAGCAACUUGCAUCUUUAGUUUUCCAGAUUAUCUGGAAGUUAGCAUUUGAUAAAUGAUUUUUUAAGCAAAUAUAAAGAUUUUGUUAAUUUAUAAUUUAUUAAUGUGUUAUUACUGUAAUUGAAAAUGUUGUGGAUACUUUUAAAUUCAGUCUUUGUAGAAAGAACUGUAUUAAGCAAAAUUAUGUGAAUAAAUAUUCCCC